AUGAAUUCGGAUCUAGUUGAUGGCAGAUAUUCUUAUUCGCCUACCGCGCUCCACACAGUAUUGGUUUCAAUUGGAAUAUUGUGUGUUCUUGGCGUUAUCUGCUCAUCAACAACAAAGACAUUACAUCGCAUCAUUCUAUGGUUCGCUCCUAUCAAUAUCACGGCCACAAUCGCAAUCUGUAUCGCGCUACUAUGCCUAACUCCAGAUAAACAACCAGCCUCGUGGGUCUUUACCCACUUCACUGAUGGGUCCGGGUGGGGCUCGAAAGUCUUCUCCUUCUUCCUAGGCUUCUUAUCAGUAGCAUGGACAAUGACCGAUUACGACGGAACAACCCAUAUGUCAGAGGAGACCCACGAUGCUGCUGUCCGCGGCCCCGUAGCAAUCAAAACGGCCGUCAUGGUCAGCGGUGUCUUCGGCUGGCUCCUGACAGUCUCGAUGUGCUUCUGUCUCACAGACUUCGAAGGCAUCCUCAACACCCCAACAGGUUUACCAGCUGCACAAAUCUUCCUCAAUGCAGGCGGGAAAGCAGGUGGUACACUCAUGUGGGCGUUUGCUAUCCUCGUACAGUUUUUUACUGGUUGCUCGGCCAUGCUGGCUGAUACCAGGAUGGCAUAUGCGUUUGCCAGAGAUAAUGCCCUGCCGUUCUCUGCAUUUCUCUCGAAGGUUAAUCCGCAUACACAUACGCCAGUUAAUGCAGUCUGGUUCGUGGUGAUUUUCAGUAUUGCGCUGAACUGCAUCGCUAUCGGCUCGACUGAGACGGCGACCGCCAUUUUCAGUGUUACGGCACCAGCGCUGGAUCUCUCUUAUGUGUCUGUUAUUUUGGCACAUCAAAUCUACAAGUCGAAGGUCAAGUUUGUUGAAGGGCCUUUUACGCUCGGGAGAUGGGGAACACUUAUCAAUUAUAUUGCUGUUGUUUGGGUAUUGUUCAUCAGUACUAUUCUGUUCUUCCCGAGUCAGAUUCCUGUGACCAAGGCUAAUAUGAACUACGCUAUUUGCGUUGCUGCAUUUAUUGCGAUGUUCGCGAUGGUUUGGUGGUGGGUUGCGGCAAGCGGAAAAUACACGGGUCCGCAGACUAAUGACAUUAUUCGUGAACUUCCAUCUGAAGAUGAUGAAUAUGAAGGACAUGAGAAUGAUCAUGAGAUCAAUGAACAUGUGUAA